AGCAGAUGUGAUUUUUUCGAUAGUGCCGUGGUGUAAAGUUUCUUUUCUUUAGUUGUUUGACGCCUUUCGCUCUCCAUCUGAUUUGUAUCUUAACAUAUUCUAAGUUUUUCGUUUCAACGUGCAACACGUCGUGAUUGUUUUCUAUCCGUUUUUGUUUCGGCUCAGUGGCCUUCUUUGGUGGACAAAAAUAAACCCAAUGUGAUAAUCGCUAUAUUUGACCUACGCCGCGAUCGUAUUCUACUGAUCAGAGCAACAUGCUGCGCCACGGCAUGGGGAUUGUAUUCCUAUUAGUUUUGGUACUUGUCUCUUCCUUGAGUCCUGUGUCGGGAUCGCUGCUGGAAUACAUAUGGCCGUCAGAAGACGAUCCAUCGACGGCGGUCGAUACCUUUCCUGGUGUGCCAUACGAACUGUCCGACGGGGAAGAAAACUUCAUACGGGAAGCAUCGAAAUGGAUCGGUAUGAACCUCUCGAAGCUUGACCUGUGUCACCAUCGUAUCAUUUUAAAGCUCAAAAAAUCCUGCCACGAGCUGAACGCCGAACAGAUUGGCAAACUCUCCGUAAUGCUACUGAACUGCCAGUCGGAUUCGGAAGGUCGGCCAGUGUUCGCCUGCACGGAGGAAAUGUCCCUCCGGCAGUGCACCGAGCGGAUGGAUCCGGACACUUGGAAUGCGUACCAUCUGAUAACGAACCGUGCCAAGGCAGUGUGCGCCAGCGUACGCCACGAGCAGUUCCGUGGACUGACCGAGCUGACGGUGAAUAAGUUGAUGAACACGGCCCACGAACAGAUCCGCAUGAUGGACGAACUGGCCAGCAACCAGCGGCAGCUGCAGAGUCUUACGAAGGAGGCUGUGGAUGAAAUGGUGGGAAACAACGAGCGCAUCAUGAACCAGCAGGGUGAUAUUUUGAAAAUCUCCGAAGUGCACCGGGCAAAGGUGGAAUCGAACUUUCGUGAUCUGUUGCGUGAAAAAGGACUGAUCAGGGCGGGCCAGCAAGAGGUUGCAGUGUUACUGACCGGGCUGCGCAAUCGCAUCGACGAUAGCAUGAAACAGCUCGAGCUGCAGUCGAAGCGCAGCAAACUUAACCACGACUCCCUGCUAACCGAUCUGGAGCGGCUGCAGGCACACGCAGCGGAGAUAGCGGCGAAAAUCGAUGAAACGGGCGUGCAUUUCAACGAGCACCAUCGGGUGGCGGAAGAACAGUAUCGAUACACGCUCGAGCAGCUGCAGCGGAUCAAUGCGACCGUUUCUAACUUACUCGAGUCGCUCGGCAAGCUGCAGAACGAUUUCAAUCACCACUUGGCCUGGCUCGUGGAGAAGAUUGGUGGCAACGAGAAUAUACUACAGAAACUCAAUGUAAUUCUGGUGCACUUUAGCUAUCUACUGAUCGGUAUGAUAUGCCUUGCUUUCGUGGGGGCAGACAAUCUAAUCAGGGUUGUCUUCAUAGCUGCCGUGCCGGGCAAUCUGAUCGGUGGACUGUUGGAACUUUUCGAGCCAAACAUUUUAAGACUAUCUAUUGCCUUGGGUUGCAUCGUGGUAUUAGAUUUGCUUAGUCGCUUGAUUAUAAAAAAUAUACCUUUACGGACGGAUAGCAAUCCACGGCAGCAGAGGUCCAGAACGCCCGCUCAGGAUCGACCAGAUCACAGUCGCCACAAUACAGCUCCUCCAGAACACGACGACGACGACGACGAAGAGGAAAACGUCGAGCAGCCGGAUGUGGUAGGCAAUGCAGGACGCUUCCAACGUCGUGACAAUUUCAGCAGGGAGCGGUCCGUCUCUUCCACGGUAAUCAGCUCACUGCGCCGUAGUGCUUCUCGUUUCGACGACGACCACGAUAACGAUAGCCGGGGGCGCAGUACUACCCCGUCGGGGCCAUCCAGUGGGCGGCAACAUACCCAACGCCAGCAAUGUUCCGCCCGAACGCUAAGAGGCGACCAAUGUCGUGGGAUUGCUCAAACUGGAUCCGGUGUCUGUCGCCUGCACGAACCACGAAGCCUUUAGUUGGGCGUUUGCUUUGUUUGCCGGGGGGAUAUUCUGUUUUCUUGUGACCUAUUACGUAAGUUUUAUUUAUUUUUCACUGUAGCUUUUACCUCGCCUAUACUUCUGUAAACCAUUCAACCUCAUAUAAUAUGUAGUAAUAGUACAAUUGGCAGGAAAUAUUGUUUAUCCAUGCUUGACCAUAGACUUAAUUCAAAUGUAGGUGGAAUUGAUAGAUUGGUAUGGAAAAAGCAACAAACAAAAAUAUUGUAAAUGGAAAUACUUUUUGAAACUUUUUUUACUUUUUAAUUUGUUAAAUACAUCACCGAUGUAUUUUAUUAAAUAGAUUUGCUAAGAAUAAAUU